CAUGCCUUUCUUUGUGUUAAACUCCAUGCUGCUGUGUGCACUGGUGGGUCACACAGUUUCUUCCUGUAUGCUGAAGAAUUAUACCCUGUGGAUUGAGAGGCAUGACUGUGCCCAGUGUGUGGCCAUAAACACUACCAUCUGCAGCGGCUACUGUUACACACAGGACACCAAUCUGAAGGGGCGUUUUGGGAGGAAUUUUCUGAUCCAGCGUUGCUGUGUGCCUCUCUCCCUGGUGUACCAAGCUACCUGUGUCCCUGGCUGCCCUCAGGGCGGCAACCCGCAGCUCUAUUAUCCCGUGGCCCACCGCUGUAGCUGUAGGCGCUGUGACACACGCACACACCGCUGCGUCCGCACCAGCCCGGUCUCCUAUGACCAGUGCCCCAUGAUGCCUGGUGGUGUGAACAUGGAGCUGGAGCCGGCCUGCUUCGGAAACCUGACAAUGUGAUGGCAAAUGAUACAGCUGUCAUCCUGAUGGACCGGCAGUGUCUGUGCUUGUUUCUGCUUGUUGUAGUGCAUGUCAGCUCCUCUGUCUGUUCAUAUUAUGUUUUUUUUCUUCUAAUUCCUGAGGCAAGAUAUUCAAAUAAAACACUGUGUUGAGCAUGCAAUGUAGCUAUUGUUGAAUAUGAAUUGUAUUGCCUGUG